CUCUUUCUGUGGGAAUAUAUUAUUUUCAACACUGUCAACUUUAUAUAUAAUCCUUAAAGUUUCUAUAUCUAGCUGCUUCAUUUCAUAAGCUCUUCUUUGAGCUUUCAAACUAGGGCUUUCCUGCCAUCAUCAUCAACAUGAGUUUCUAUCUACUUUUUCAUCUUUGGUUUCUUGCCUUUUCUUUCAUCUCUUCUUCGGCUUGGGGAGCUACUCUGCCUCAAGAUGAAGUGGAAGUAAUGAAAGAGAUAGGUAAGAGACUUGGGAAGAAGGAUUGGGAUUUCAACGUAGAUCCAUGCACUGGACAGAGAAAUUGGACUUCGUCUAUUCAAAAUGCUGUCACUUGCAAUUGCCUUUUUGCCAAUGCCACUAUCUGCCACGUCGUCAGCAUUGUUCUGAAGUCACAAAAUCUUUCGGGCACACUCCCAAGUGAACUAGUGAGAUUGCCAUACCUCCAAGAAAUUGACCUCACCAGAAACUACCUUAAUGGUACAAUUCCUCCACAAUGGGGCUCCAUCAACCUCGUCAACAUAUCCAUUCUCGGAAAUAGGGUAACAGGUCCAAUACCAAAAGAACUAGGAAACAUCACAACACUGAAAAGUUUGGUGGUCGAGUUCAAUCAAUUAUCUGGUGAGCUUCCUCUAGAGCUUGGGAAUCUCCCUCAACUUGAAAGAUUGCUUCUUACAUCCAACUAUUUUACUGGAAAUUUACCUGCAACAUUUGCUAGACUCACUACACUAAAACACAUUCGACUUGGUGACAAUCAAUUUUCUGGAACUUUACCUGAUUUCAUUCAGAAAUGGAAAAGUUUGGAGAGGCUGGUGAUGCAAGGAAGUGGUUUUAGUGGUCCAAUUCCUUCUGGAAUUUCUCUUUUGAAGAAUCUCACUGAUUUGAGAAUUAGCGACUUGAAAGGACCAGAUUCUUCAUUCCCCCAACUUAAAAACUUAACAAAUUUGCAGACAAUAGUACUGAGGAGUUGCAAUCUCGUAGGAAUGGUUCCUGAAUACCUUGGAGAUUUGAUUGGCUUACGAUCACUCGAUCUCAGCUUUAACAAAUUAACUGGACCGAUUCCAAGAACCUUGGGUGGCCUAAACGAUAUAAAUAUGUUAUAUUUAACCGGAAACCAUUUCAAUGGACCACUACCCAACUGGAUAGAUAGGCCAGACUACACCGAUCUGUCAUACAACAAUUUGAGCAUCGAAAAGCCAGAGCAAUUGACAUGCCAACAGGGAAGCGUGAACUUAUUUGCAUCAUCAUUGAAGGGAAAUAAUGAGUUGGGAAUGAUUCCAUGUCUAGGGAAUAUCAACUGUCCUAAAACCUGGUACUCUCUCUAUGUAAAUUGUGGUGGGAAGUUAAUAUCGAAGGGAAACAUAAACUAUGAUGAUGAUUCACAAGAAGCUGGACCAGCAAGAUUUCGUCGAACAGGAUCAAACUGGGUAUUCAGCAACACUGGUCAUUUCUUUGAUAGUGGUCGCGUAGACUACUAUACUUGGUCUAACACAACUAAGCUUGAUAUGAACAAUGGCGAAUUGUACAUGGAUGCACGUGUCUCUGCACUUUCUCUCACAUAUUAUGCAUUCUGCAUGGGAAAUGGAAGCUACACAAUAAGCCUUCAUUUUGCAGAAAUUAUGUUCACUGAUGAUCAAACCUAUAGCAGCCUUGGAAGGCGUAUAUUUGACAUAUAUGUUCAGAGAAAGUUGGUGCUGAAGGAUUUCAAUAUUGCAAAAGAAGCAGGAGGAGUUGGUAAAGCAGUCAUAAAAAAUUUUACUGCAACUGUGAAUAGCAGUACCUUAGAGAUUCGGUUGCAGUGGGCUGGGAAAGGGACAACUGCUAUACCUUUUGGAUCAGUUCAUGGUCCUCUUAUAUCAGCUAUAUCAGUUCAUCCUGAUUUUACACCACAAGAGGAAGAUAAAGAUGGUGUACCUAAGCAUUAUGUUGCUGGAAUUGUAGUUACUGGAGCACUUGUUAUCAUCAUUAUAUUUGGCAUAGCUUGGUGGAGAGGAUGUUUAAGGAGAAAGGUUUCGUUAGAAAAAGAACUAAUGGGUGUAGAUUUCCAAACUGGCUUAUUUAGCUUACGACAAAUCAAAGCUGCAACUAGAAACUUUGAUAUUAACUUCAAGAUCGGAGAAGGAGGUUUUGGUCCUGUUUACAAGGGUGUUCUCUCAGAUGGCACGGUAAUAGCAGUGAAACAACUUUCUUCUAAAUCGAGACAAGGGAAUCGUGAGUUUAUAAACGAGAUUGGCAUGAUUUCUGCUUUGAAACAUCCUUGUCUAGUUAAACUUUAUGGUUGUUGUAUGGAGGGAGAUCAACUGAUGCUGAUAUAUGAAUACAUGGAAAACAACAGUCUUGCUCGUGCUUUAUUUGCAGAAAAAUCUCAAUUGAAGUUGGAUUGGUCAACAAGGCAAAGGAUCUGUGUUGGAAUUGCUAGAGGUUUGGCUUACCUUCAUGGAGAGUCUAGGCUAAAGAUAGUUCAUAGAGACAUAAAGGCCACUAAUGUGUUAUUAGACAAAGAUCUCAACCCAAAAAUAUCUGAUUUUGGUUUGGCCAAACUUGAUGAAGAGGGCUACACACACAUAACUACCAGAGUAGCUGGCACCUAUGGAUACAUGGCUCCAGAAUAUGCAAUGCAUGGUUAUUUAACUGACAAAGCAGAUGUGUAUAGUUUUGGCAUUGUUGCCCUAGAAAUUGUUAGCGGAAAGAGUAACACCUUGAACUGGCCAAAGGAUGGAUGUUUCUCUCUCGUUGAUUUGGUGCAUGUCUUGAGAGAAGAAGGUGACCUAAUGGACCUAGUUGAUGAGAGGUUGGGUAAUGAUUUUAAAAGAGAAGAAGUAGUGGUAAUGAUUAAUGUGGCUCUUUUAUGCACACAAGUUUCUCCAAUGCACAGACCCACCAUGGCUUCAGUUGUAUGCAUGCUUGAAGGAAAAACUGAUGUUAAAGAGGUGGUGUUAGAUACAAGAGAAGUAUUGGAUGUAAAGAAGUUGGAGAUGCAACAAUAUUACAAUAUGAGAGAGAAAAAUAAGACUCUUGCAACUCCAGAAGAGAGCAUCUCAAUGGGUGAGACUUCAGCAUUUAUGUCUGAUACAGAUUUAUAUUCUGUCAACAUGGAUUCUUCUUCCUAAACAAAAGUUAAUAGAUAUAAUAAUCAUCCCCUAGUACAUGAUACAUAGAUUAUACUUAGGUAUAUCAUUCUUUUGUAUUUAUUCGAUGGAUGAUUAGCGUUUUAUAUUAUUGAAAAGGAAAACCUAUUUGUCA